AUGUUCUUUACUUUAUCCUUUCACUACUCUCUCUCCUACGCGUUCAGUGUUCCAUCCAUGGAACUACAACCCUUAGCUACCACCUCUCCAUUGCAGUUCUUCAACAACCACGUUUAUUUCACUUCUCUUCUCUUCACACUCACCAUCCUUCUUCUACUCAUUGCAAUUGCACGUGUUUCUAACCAAAAGAGCAUCCUCUGCAGCUGCGAAACAUGCGAGGCCUACCUCACUUCAAGCUGGUCCCAACACUUCCACAACCUCUGCGACUGGUACACCCACCUCCUCCAAACCUCCCCCACCAAAACCAUCCACAUCCACGUGUUGCGCAACACCAUCACUGCCAACGUAGAAAACGUGGAGUACAUUCUGAAGACCAGGUUCGACAACUUCCCCAAGGGAAAACCCUUCUCCGCCAUCCUCGGAGACUUCCUGGGCAAAGGAAUCUUCAACGUCGAUGGGGACACGUGGCGCUUCCAGAAGAAGAUGGCCACCUUCGAACUAAACAACCACUGCAUAAACUCCUUUGCGUUCGAAAUCGUCAAGAGCGAAAUCCACAACAGACUCGUGCCGCUCCUUCACGCCUCGACCCGAAACGGUGUCGUCUUGGACCUUCAGGACGUCUUCCGGAGAUUCUCCUUCGACAGCAUUUGCCGUUUCUCAUUUGGAUUAGACCCUAAGUGUUUGGAGAGGUCUUUGCCGAUGUCCGAGUUCGCGAUUUGCUUUGACUUGGCGUCGAAGCUGUCUGCGGAAAGAGCCAUGGCGGUGUCGCCUUAUGUGUGGAAGGUGAAGAGGUUUUUCAACGUGGGGAGCGAGAAACGGCUUAGGGAAGCGGUUAUAGUGAUUAACAUGUUGGCCAAAGAGGUCAUAAAGCAAAGGCGCGAAAUGGGUUUCUCUGAAAAGAAGGACUUGUUGUCGCGGUUCAUGAGCACGGUCCACGAUGAUGACAAGUAUUUACGAGACAUUGUUGUGAGCUUUUUAUUGGCGGGUCGUGACACCGUGGCUUCGGCCCUCACCAGCUUCUUUUAUCUGUUGGGAAAACAUCCAGAAGUUGAAUCUGAGAUUCGUGUGGAGGCAGAUCGAGUGAUUGGGCCUCAUGAGGAUCUCACAAGCUUCGAAGUGCUUAAGCAAUUGCACUAUUUGCAAGCGGCGACGCAUGAAAGCAUGAGGCUGUUUCCACCGAUUCAGUUUGAUUCAAAGUUUUGUUUGGAGGAGGAUGUGUUACCCGAUGGGACGAAAGUGGAGAGUGGAACUAGGGUUACUUACCAUCCCUACGCAAUGGGGAGGUUGGAGGAAAUAUGGGGUGGUGAUUGUUUGGAGUUUAGGCCACAAAGGUGGUUGAAGGAUGGGGUGUUCCACCCCGAGAAUCCGUUCAAGUACCCAGUUUUUCAAGCGGGGUUGAGGGUCUGUGUGGGAAAGGAAAUGGCUCUGAUGGAACUCAAAACUGUGGCACUUUCGUUGCUUCGGAAAUUCCACAUUCAGUUGGUGGAACCAUCUUUUGGAAACCCUCGUUUUUCUCCGGGACUCACAGCCACCUUUAGUUUUGGCCUUCCCGUGAAGGUUCGUGAGAGAGGAUUAGAACAACAACUGAACCCUCUCAUUGACCUAUCCUCGUCGUAA